CAGCCUGUAGCUGUGUGUUUGAACACCACUCUGCUGCUGUCAGUGUAGGACUCAGGUCUGUCUCCACAAUGGACGGAGGACACCGCUGAGGAUCCAUGUAGCCACGCUCUCUGGACUUUAUCGGGAGUAUCUUCUAGAAACUUGGAUUAUUCCUCUGUUUUUUAGGUUUUUAAAAAGUGUUUUUUUUUAAACAGUGUGAACUUAACUGAGGUUCGCACAGAGACGGGAUCGCGGGGAAUACGACAGGGAAGACUGCGUGUUGUGUUGAAGGCAGAGGAUGGGGAGCCGGGGGCACUACCGGUACCACUGGCAGAGCCACAAUGUCAAACUCAGUGGAGUGGACGACAUGGUGCUGCUCAGCAAGAUCAAUGAGGACGCCAUCGUGGACAACCUCAAGAAGAGAUACAUGGAUGACUACAUCUUUACAUAUAUUGGUCCUGUGCUCAUCUCCGUCAACCCUUUCAAGCAGAUGCCUUACUUUGGGGAAAAAGAAGUUGAGAUGUAUCAGGGCGCAGCUCAGUAUGAGAACCCUCCUCACAUCUACGCUCUGGCAGAUAACAUGUACAGAAACAUGAUGAUUGACAAUGAGAACCAAUGUGUCAUCAUCAGUGGAGAGAGUGGAGCAGGGAAGACUGUGGCAGCCAAAUAUAUCAUGAGCUACAUCUCCAGAGUGUCAGGGGGCGGACCCAAAGUACAGCACGUCAAAGACAUCAUCCUGCAGUCCAACCCGCUGCUAGAGGCCUUCGGCAAUGCCAAGACUGUGAGGAACAACAACUCCAGCAGAUUCGGGAAAUACUUUGAGAUCCAGUUCAGCUCCGGUGGAGAACCAGACGGAGGGAAAAUCUCCAACUUCCUUCUGGAGAAGUCACGUGUCGUCAUGAGGAAUCCUGGAGAGAGGAGUUUCCAUAUAUUCUAUCAGUUAAUAGAAGGAGCCAGUGGAGAGCAGAAGAACAGCCUGGGAAUCACAAGCCUGGAUUACUACUCUUACCUCAACCAGUCCGGUUCCUACAAAGUUGACGACAUCAACGACAAGAGCGACUUCCAGGAGACGAUGCAUGCCAUGGAUGUGAUUGGCAUCUCACCGGAGGACCGCUCCAUGGUGCUUCAGAUCGUGGCUGGAGUCCUGCACCUGGGAAAUAUCAGCUUCAAGGAAGCAGGCAACUACGCUGCUGUGGAGAGUGAAGAGUUUCUUGCCUUUCCAGCGUUUCUGCUCGGAAUUGACCAGAACCGUCUGAAGGAGAAACUGACAAGCCGGAAGAUGGACAGCAAGUGGGGAAGUGCGUUGGAGUCCAUCGAUGUAACGCUGAAUGUGGAGCAGGCGUGUUACACACGAGACGCCCUCUCCAAAGCCCUGCAUUCACGAGUGUUUGACUUCCUGGUCGAGUCCAUCAACAAAGCCAUGGUGAAAGAUCAUCAGGAGUUAAACAUCGGAGUUUUGGACAUUUAUGGAUUUGAAAUUUUCCAAAAAAAUGGAUUCGAACAGUUCUGCAUCAACUUUGUGAAUGAGAAACUGCAGCAGAUAUUCAUCGAGCUGACUCUGAAGGCAGAGCAGGAGGAGUAUGUGCAGGAGGGCAUCAAGUGGACUCAGAUUGACUACUUCAACAACAAGAUUGUCUGUGAUCUCAUCGAGAGCAAAAAUCCUCCUGGCGUCAUGUGCAUUCUGGAUGAUGUGUGCGCCACCAUGCAUGCAGUGGGCGAGGGAGCCGACCAGACCAUGCUGCAGAAGCUCCGGGUCGCGAUCAACACCCACGAACACUUCAACAGCUGGAACCAGGGCUUCAUCAUCCACCACUACGCUGGCAAGGUGUCCUAUGAUGCAGAGGGUUUCUGCGAGAGAAACCGAGACGUCCUCUUUACUGACCUCAUUGAGCUGAUGCAGAGCAGUGACAUCGCCUUCAUCAGAGCACUGUUCCCAGAAAACCUCAACGCUGAAAAGAAAGGUCGACCCACAACUGCAGGCAGCAAAAUAAAGAAACAAGCCAACGAUUUGGUGAGCACACUGAUGAAAUGCACUCCACACUACAUCCGCUGCAUCAAACCCAACGAAACCAAGAAGCCCAGAGACUGGGAAGAGAGCCGAGUGAAACACCAAGUGGAGUACCUGGGUCUGAAGGAAAACAUCAGGGUACGGCGUGCUGGCUAUGCCUACCGCAGAGUCUUCAGGAAGUUCCUCAACAGGUACGCCAUCCUGACCAAAGAGUCCUGGCCGACAUGGCGAGGAGACGAGAAACAAGGCGUCCUUCAUCUCUUACGGUCUGUCAACAUGGACCAGGAUCAGUUCCAGCUUGGUCGCACCAAGAUCUUCAUUAAAGCCCCCGAGUCGCUCUUUCUGCUGGAGGAGACGAGGGAGCGCAAGUUUGACGGCUAUGCCAGGACCAUCCAAAAGGCCUGGAGGAAAUACAUGGCCCGCAAGAAGUAUGUGCAGAUGAGGGAAGAAGCCUCUGACCUGCUGCUGAACCGGAAGGAGAGGCGGCGACACAGCCUCAACAGAAACUUUGUCGGUGACUACCUGGGUAUGGACGACAGGCCCGAGCUGCGGCAGUUCCUCGGCAAGAGAGAAAAGAUUGACUUUGCAGACAAGGUCACAAAAUAUGACCGCCGCUUCAAGGGAAUUAAGAGAGACUUGAUCCUGACCCCGAAGUCUGUGUACCUGAUUGGAAGAGAGAAGGUGAAACAGGGACCAGAGAAAGGGCAGGUGACAGAGGUGCUGAAGAGGAAGAUUGACGUGGAGAAGAUCUUGGCAGUGUCUUUCAGUACGAUGCAGGAUGACUUCAUGAUCCUGCACGAGCAGGAGUACGACAGCCUGCUGGAGUGCGUCUUUAAGACAGAGUUCAUCAGCUUACUGGCCCGCAGGUUCGAGGAGAAAACCCAGAGGAAGCUACCACUCAAGUUUAGUAACACACUGGAGAUGAAGUUGAAGAAGGAGAACUGGGGCUUUUUGAGUGGCGGUGGCACCCGGCAGGUCUUGUUCGUUGGAGGUCAGGGAGACAUGCCUGUACUGAAGCCUACGAGCAAAUCUCUGCAGGUCAGCGUCGGCCCCGGGCUUCCUAAGAACACACGCCCCACCAGGAAGAGCUUCUCUCAGGUUCGCUCCACUGCAUCCAGAACUCACCAGAACAUCCCCUCGAGGGUCGCACCAGGACCUCCAGUUGCUCACCAGAAUGGUGGCCUUAAAAACACCAACCAUGUAGCCAAUCAGAGGAACUCACAGCAUCACAAUCAGAGGCAUUCCUCGUCCGGCAACGCAACACGCCCCUUCCUGCCCAGCAACGUCAGCCAGCUGAAGGAGCGGGGCAGCAGCCGGCCGCAGCCCAACCUGGACUGUCUGAAAGUGCCUGAUCAAGGAGCCGCAGGCAACGGAGACAGACGGCCAACUUCAAAUGGAGUAAUAGCUCACAGACCAUCAGCCAGCAGGCCUCCGCCAGGAGGAGGACGACCCAAACCUGCACCCAAACCCAAACCCCAGGUGCCCCAGUGCAAAGCUUUGUACGCCUACGACGCUCAGGACACAGACGAGCUCAGUUUCAACGCUGACGACCUUAUCGACAUCAUCAAAGAGGAUGCAUCAGGGUGGUGGACAGGACGACUCCGUGGAAAGCAGGGACUCUUCCCCAACAACUACGUCACCAAGGUCUAGGAGCUGCCGGUUUACAGCUCGGGGAGGAGAUCCUGCUGCGUCCCCACUGACCCUCUCAGAGAACGGGAUGGAGCUUACAGUCAGGGAGAGAAGCACUGCGAGACUCCUCGAGGGGAGAAACUUCCUCCACUGCUGCCUUGUCAUAGAUGAAUGUAACUCUCGGUUACACCACCAGACCAAAAGACCGUCAGGCUUGAAAUGAGGCUCUGCUUUAAAGACAAGAAGACUGUUUGACCCUGGGGUCUGUUUUCCUCCACAGUCCCUCUGAGUACUGAACAAAACUAUUUAUUGUAUUUAUAGCUUUCUGUGUUCUCUUUACUGUCAUUUAUAUCUUGCUGAGGAUUUUGAGCUCAAACAUUUUUGAAGCGUUGGAAUGAAGUAUGCUUAAUCUGUGGGACCAGGCUGUGAUUUUUACUCUCAUGAAGGUUUGAUCGCUGCAUCAAAGGCGAUCGUCUCAGUGGCAAAACGGCAGCGCCUGCUGCUCUACCAGGAAUAUUUAUUUUGGUGCAAAACUGUAACUUCUUAGAGGGAAUGGCGUUUCAGUAAAUCAUCACACUGUGAUUUUUUAAUGAUUUUAAAUACCAAAGCGAUAACCAUUUUAAUCUGUUCCACAUGUACAUGUAGAAGACGAUGCGGUCGAGUGGUGAACACCUGGAAAACCAUCUUCAUCUUUAUUUUUUUGUUGUUUUUGUUUUCCUAUCACAUCAGUAUAUUCUAGACACAGAGUAAAGGCCAUGUAUACUGUAACCUGAGCAUGCUGUCUGUGGUGUAUUAGCACUUUAUUGGUACAGGUACUACCUUGGACACAGACAUCUUCACUCAUUCAUGCCACAGCCAGUAAGUCACGUCAAUGAAGGACAGGUUGCAAAGCGAGCAAUAAGCUGAGUCACUGAGGAGAAUCAUUUGUUUACAUGAAAUGGUAAAAACAGGCAUUUUUAGAUCUGAAUCUGUAUAUGUGUUCAUAUUUUAGGAGUACGCCUGUCGUUGGUUAGGAUUUAAAUUAAUUUUUUUUGUAUUUUCUCUGAAGGAUCUUCUGAUUUUUCUCUGCUUUUGAUACUCACAGGGCUGCUUCACUUCCAGUUCAGCUACACACAGAUAAUAAUGGUUAUCACAGAUUAGGGUGAACGGAUUUUUGUUUGUGCAAAAGGUGUUUUAGGUGAAAGAAUUUUGUUGACAUUUUUUCCAUGGCACUACGAAGAAUUCCUUUUGCUUCUGCUCGACUGUUUCUGCAGAUCUUUUGCACUGCUGUUGCAUUACUUACACAUUCCUUAGUAUUUUUAUUUUUUUUUUGUAAUUAAAUCAAAUAACCACAUUACGCUCUAGUCAGUAACAGAAACACUGCUGGGACUUCUGUCAUAGAUCUUCUGCAUCAUCAAAUAUAGUUUGAUCUUGGAUGGUUGAAAACAUCCUUGUGCAAUACAAAACAGUAGAUGAGUCUUUUAAUAAAGCAUGUAAUAUUGUAUAUUUAACUGCUUUGUUUUGUUUUAUUACCAGAAAACACAUUAAAUGAACAAUGAUCAAUCAGAUGUUUGUUUAUUACCAUAUUCUCAUGCCAUCAGGACUGCAGUCUAAAUUUACUGAGAUCAUCAGUUGAGGUGUCCCCAAGAGACCAGACACUACUAAAUAAUCAGUUGUUUUUUUGUGUGAUUGUUUAUUUAGAGGCAGUGCCAUAUAAUUUCCCUACAUGAUUGGUCUUGAAACCUUGUUCAAAGAAUAAAGUUCCAUUGAGAAAAUUACUGAAAGCACUGAAUUGUAUUUGAAUGUGUUAGACCCCACCCUUGGGCGGCCCUAUGGGGCAAACUAAACUCCAACACUGAUCCAAAAUAACCACAUGAAACACCUUUAAAACACUCAAAGCUGUGGGAUUUAUUAACAACAAAACAAGCAAACAAGACAAAAGUCCCAGGCUGACAGGCAGCAGGACCAGCAGUCUCUACAUCAGAGGCCUCUCUCUGCUGCUGGCACAGGAGCUCUUAAGCACCUCCUCCAUGCCAGGUGCACUGCACCUCGUUAAGUAAUGCAGCACACCUGGGCAGAUCUACAAAGGAGGGAAAAGGGACAGCAGCACAGAGCACAUACAGCCGUAACAAAUGAUUUAUGCAUUUCUUUGGACUAAAAUGGUCAAAGUUAAGUGCACAACAGUGUAAAAUGAUAGUGUAUGAUGUGAACUGCACUUCAUGUCUCUAAAUCCCAAAAUUUAGAGUAAGAAAAACGGGACAUGUUAAUCAUUUGACAAUACUGGGGGCAAAAAGCUGAAAAAGGCAUUUUAUAGAGCCCUUUUUCAUGAAAUGCAUUUUGACACCUCACAGAAGGACACAUAGGUGUAAGUGAUUAAAUUAACUGAUGGCUGUCAUGAGGGACUCCUGCUCUGAGGAGGGAUCAUUAUUAUUAAGCUUAUUUGCUUAACAGAAUUCACAGAAGAACUUAGAUUAAAUUUCAAUCAAUACAUUCAUUUCUGUUUCCUGGUUAUAUGUCAGUGUGUUCAAAUAAAAUACAUUUGACAUUAAUUUGUAUUUCCUAAUACUGGAGUCACCAAACAGUCUUCUUCUUCUUCAACAGUCAUCCAGUUUUAUUCGUGCAUCAUGAUGUUAGUCCCCAUAGUACCCAUUUCAUUGUAUUGAGACCAUUUUUUAAAAACUUGACAUCACUGUAUAAAAUGACCUGUUGUGAUCUUUGAAAUAAUCACAGUAUUCAUAAAUCUUCACAGCUACAAACUAGAGACCUCGGGCAUUCAGUGCAUGUAUGGUUUCCAUGGUUAUGUUGAUAACAUGGAGAUUUCUCAGCAGUUUCCAGAACAGAAGUGCUCGCCAUCAAAUUGCCAAAAAGUGCAGCUCUUACAGAAAUCUCCAAAUGUCAAAAAUUUGACAAAGGUCUUGGUGUCUUAAUGUAGUAUUGUGGAGGGAUUUUUGAUGAUUUUUUGAGUGGUAAUAAAUGCUUAAAUUUUGCACCAAAUCUGUGUGUCAAAUGAUAUCAACUCAAACUUGCUGCAACAACUUGAGACAUUAUUAAACAUGGGGAUGGCCACCAUAUAAUUCCAUCAUGAGGUUCUGAGCCCCUGGCCUUUAAAGUCUGAAGAGGUGCCUAGCCAAAACACAACAUUUAUUACAUAUUUAUAACUAGGAAAAAACUUGACAGACUGUCCUGAGCUGCAUCUCAAAUUAAUCUUCAGGUUCCCAGCUUUCAGAUGAUGUAUACCACUUCCAUCAGGCAUAUACUGUUGACCUGCUGUCCCCCUCUAAAAAAGACAACGAGUCUAUGGUUGGUCUGUGUCAGUGACCAGAAACUUGACAUGUAAUUUUGUGUACAUGAAACUUUGUCAGGAUAAAGAACACAGUAUGCUCUGAAGGCUGAUAACAGCACAACACAGGCUGUUUGUAUCAUGAUCUGAUAAACUAUGACUCAAAGGCUGGAUAUGGUGAAGCUCAUCUUGGUUAUCAAAGCAUCUUUUGUGCUCUGCUGAAAGAUUCUUGGUGGUUGAUGUCCAUCCAGUGGCUGCAGCAGGUACUGCACUUCAUCUUGUGUUUUCACCCCUCAAUACUUUGAACUUCAGGUUUGGUUUUAAUUCCUCAGUCAGGCUAAAACUCCUAAAAACUAUUUCUAUGUAUUGUCUUUGAACAUCACAGCCUGACUGUGACCCAUGACCUUUAUCUCACCUCAGUAAACUGACCUCACCGCUCACUCAUCUAUGAUCCAAUCCCUGAAUCACCACAGAUUAAAUUCAACAUUUGACAGGUUUUACCUGGACCACAGUUUUAGCUCAUCAUUCAGUUUGAUGUAGCUACUUACUGUAUUUUAUCAGCUAAAAGCUUUAAGCACAGGAGGUGAGUCUUUUUCUGUUGCCUCUUCUCUUUCCAAUGAUUGCCUCUGUUAUAGGAAACCAAAAAUAAAGGAAUAAGUUCAUUUCUUGAAAGAUGAUUUAUACAGGUACUCAAAAUAACACAAAGACAGACAACUGGUUGGCCACAUCUGGCGGAUGUAGGCAGCCCUUUACUGAGUUGCAGGUAGACUUUAUUUAAGUGGUCCUAAGCCAAAGAUGCUGAAAACCACUGAUCUAAGGCAGUGGUUCCCAACCUUUUCCCUCAAGGAACUCCUUAUCUAUCAUGGAGAAGACUGACAACCGACUAAGUGAUGUAUUAUAUGGAUAUCACAUAUUAUAUUCAGUGCAUACUUGUAACAAUACAGAACAGCUGAUAAACUCUUAAAUUAACCUGAAUGGUGAACACAAUAACUGCAGGAAAUUUGUUAUCAAGUGAUUUGGAUGAAUUCUCAGCAGAUUAUUUUCCUGUGAAUACCGCACCAGAGAUAGUUUUCUUAUAUUUUCAGAGGCUUUUUUAUACUCUGUCUGUAUUAUGUACACUGUAUAAAUGUAUUUUAUUUUAAUCAAUCAUACAUACUUAGUAGGCUUCAUUUUUGAUGAAUUAAGUGUUUUCUUCUCCCUGAUGCUUGGCCAUUGUCUCAUGUGUUCUUAGGUUGUUUUAACUGUUUGAAAUCUAUUAACUUUUCUAAUGCAGGACAAGACUGUUUAGCAGAGAGCAAAGGCUCUGUGGCCCUGACCCUUAGUGAGGGUCAGGACCCCCAGGUUGGGAACCAGUGAUCUAAGGCAUGGAUGCUUAACAUGUUCCAAAAAAUACAUAACACCUUACAUAACAUAUAUUCUAAAUACCUAGAAUUUUUUAUAAUUAUUAACAAAAAGAACUGACCAUGCCCUAAAAUAGUAAUUUACCAACCUGUGUAACAAUACUUGGAUUGUUUUUUGAGUUUGUAGCAACAGCAUAUGAAUGUUUAAUCUUGCUGCCACACCAACACUCAUUUAAAACUUAAGUAAAAUACAUAUGAGUACAUGACAACUGGAACUGAAACUGUGUACACAACUCAGAAAAGAGAAUAUAUUUUAUAAUCAUCCAUGUGAAAAGUAUUUUCAAUACAAUAUUCAAAGUCUUAUUACAGUUACUCGAUCUAAAUCUUUAAGCCAACAUCUGGAUGUUCAUCUUUGGUGUUCAGGGCGAUGAAGAUCACACUAACAAACACAAAAACAUAACUGGUUCCUCAACCUUUUUUGCACAUGGGAGAAUGCUAAUGGAUUAGAAGUCGCCUCAUCCAGAAAAAUAUUCUAUGUGGUUGAGUAAUCUAGUGUUUUCUCCAACACUGGAGAAAAUCCAAGUUUUCGUUGUGGGGACUCUAUUGAUUGAUUCAUACAAUGUGCUCAGUGACAGCUGUUUCAUCAAGAACCCAACAUUCACUCAUACAUGAUUUUCAAAGAGGACACUGAGGAAAAGACUCAAGAGUUAUCCAAGUUUAUUAAUAUUAUUUUUUAAAACUAAUAUAAAUCCCACAGAAUAUGAUCCUGGUGCCUUUAAGUCAAUGAAUGCAUGGAUACCUGCUUUAAGUACUGCAUUUCAACACUCCAUUCAAAAUAUCUUUUUUUUUUCUUCUUUUUUUCUAAUGUUCAUCAGAGUGGAAAUACAUGGCCUCAGUGCACUGUCAUAUUCACUACUACUCUCCUACCUUUUUCUCUCUUGUGCAAGUCUAUGCGAGUGAGUUAGUCAACAGUAUUAGUGUUUUUCUUUCCGCAGCAGCCAAAAUGGACGCCGCUGCUCAACUACAGAGAGACAAAAGGGAGGGUGGAUAAAAUGGUUUUGAAGUGCGAGAACAAACAGUAAAUAUUCAUCCCAAAUUGAGCUGUGUAUUUCCCUCUGAACACACACGCGCACGCACACACACGGGAACUUAAAGUCAACGUCACUGCCGGUGUCAAACUGACAGAAAUGAUCCCAGGUUGCAGGCUCAUGUGACAUGUCUUACACACGUUGACCUGAGAUCAUCUGACAGAAACCUUAGCCGUCACAGACCCAUCUGCAGGCGCGACCCCCCAUAAAAUGAAGAUUCAUAGCAGGUCCCAACAAUCGUUCAGUUUAGAAAGAACAGUCAAAGAGAGGGACGUGACAUUCUUUUUCUGGUUCUCUAAAAUACAUCAGAUGAAGGUGAUAACGGUGUUUUUAGUCGAAUGAAGGUGCUGGAGGGAAGUGUAAUCGUAGCAAAGCAUGUGCAUAUUCUGGGAGGUGAGGUGAACAUUGGAGUUUAUUUCCACUCUAGAAAUACUGGGUGUGCACUAAUACAGCAGCUGAUCUGUUAACAUAUUUCCCUAGUUAGGAAUGUCUGGAUUUACUUAAAAAACAUCUUUCACUAACAAUCCACAUCUUCUAAACAUAAACUAAUCAAUACAAUGAUUGGUAAAAACGAAUCCUGCAAUGUUAUUUUUUCAAAACUGGAGGGUGACAUUCUAUUCUAGUAAAGCAAGGCAUUAGGUUUACAGAAAUGCGUCUUUACUAGAGCAGCUAUCCUCACCUGCAAGUUGUUAGGCCGUGUUAAAGCCCACGUUAUAUGUGCAAAGAAAUGCAUUGCAAGGAAACAUGCAGAGAAACAAGAACAAAAAAAUGACACUUGAGGAAACAAUCAAAAGCUACAUAAAAGCUUUAUAAAUACAAUAAAAUCUUAAACCCUUAAUGGAGAAUUCUAGCUGUUGUAGUAAUAUGUGAUAGCUGGCACUCUAGGCUCAAUGCUUUUUUGUCAGGUGUUUUUUUUUUUUUUUUUUUU